CCAGUUAACAGUGGACAGUGGGAAUGGACCCGACACUGACAAAGAAAACCAAGAUGUAUCAUCUCAAGAUGCAGGUGUUUCGCCUUGUAAAAAGCCUAAGAAAGACAUUGAUGACGUCACAAAUACAGAUAUUAAAAUACGACAGCCCGUUAACACCAGCCUUGAAGACAGUGGGUUUCAAGAAGACAGUAAAUUAUGGUUACCAUCUAAUUUUAGUUCACCGAUGCUUGAUCGUCAAUACAGAUCGAUGUCUCCUGAUGUCUCCAUUCCAUCUUACACCGUUACAGACAUCAAGACUCCUAAACGGUGCUCGUCCGUACCAGGACCCAAUGUUAAUUCAAGUGUAAGCUUUCCCUCCUCGUAUAGGUCAACCAUUCCAAGUUUUAAUAACGGUAUCAAUCUUUCAACAAAUUCCAAAAUGCUGUAUCCCGACAUACCAGCGUCUCCCUUAUCACGAUAUACACCAAAUAUGUGCCAGACGGUCUUGGUCAGUUCCAGGAUGUCUUCUUUACCAGCUCUUGCUACAUCAAACCGCCCACAAAUUGUUCGAGCACCAUCAAGACCACACAAAUGGGAAAGUCCCGUGAUGGAAUCGGGGAAUGCCCGAGUGCAUAAUGGACAUGUCCGACGUUUUGGACCCCAGUGUCUCUCUCCUAUAAUUGCGACACAUAAGUCAACGGGGACCAUUCGUCACCCUGGUUUUAGCCCAUUACCAUAUCCAGCAGCUGUUGAAGGACGUUUGAUUCAUCACUAUACUCCUAGACCACUCGGUAAGCUCCCAUUUCCAUUCCCGUUAAAUCGUGGAGCAAGUCCAAGAAGACCAGACUUUAUACAGAUGGCAGGUACUUCUACACCAAGACUUGGGACACCAAUGCUUUCUCCGAUGUUUUCAAUUCCACCAGGCCGACCUCCUCUACCAACCACGCCAGUAGGACUACUGAAAGAGAGUCAAAUACAAACUUCUGAAUAUUUACCUUUAGACUUGACUAGAGUGCCGACAUCACGCAGGUCCCCUAGAGCAGGCUGUACACCUGAACCCACAGACCCAAGUCGGGCAUAUUAUAUAGGCAAACCAAUUCCAGCACAUGUACCGAAAGGUGUUAGUUUACGUCUUGCAGAAGAUGAGAAUAACUCACCUAAUACGAAAGCACAUUUUCCAUAUGAACAACCGUUGACAACGCACAUGCAUGAAAGAAGUCUGCAGGAAGAGAACCAGCAUACUCCUUCAAGACCCAUUCUAGUCACUGACGCACCAGUACCCGCAAGACAUUUAUCUAAGUCACCAUCAACUUUAUGUCAAAGAGACCGUUCAACGCAUCAACAAAGUGGCCCUAAAGUCGAGUCGACCGCAAGUCAUCUUACUGGUCAAGUAUCGAACAUCAACUCUCGAUCAUCCUCUCCAGUCCUCCCAGAACGACCACCAUUGCCCCCUGAAGACCCUCCUGUCAGACACUGGAAGAAAUCCCUGGUUGUGAAAUCACCCUUCCACUCCCCACCUCCAGAUGUUAAGGCGGACGAGAAUACUAGACUGGCUAGAGACACCCCUUCUCCUCCGUUACUCAACUUAUUACAGACGGCUGGUAAACUAGAUAUUGAAUUAAUCAAUGGCGGUUAUGGAAUCAAGAAUCCUUCUUUUAGUGAACUUCAUCUCAAGGAGCUGGAAAAUAUUGCUGCUGGAAAUGGUAAAGAAAACUGCAAGUUUAAGUGUCCAAUAUGUCAGAAGGAAUUUGCCCUGUUACGUCUAUUAAACCGACAUGUGAAGAAUCAUAGUGAUAUUAAACGUUAUUUGUGUACGUUUUGUGGUAAAGGUUUUAAUGAUACAUUUGAUUUGAAGAGACAUACCAGAAUUCAUACAGGUGUCAAGCCCUAUAAAUGUGAAAACUGUGGAAAAUCCUUUACACAAAGAUGUUCCUUAGAAUCUCAUGGUAAAAAGGUGCACGGAUCAGAGUUCACAUUUGCCUAUAAACAGAGACGCGGGAAAAUGUACGUCUGCGAGGACUGCGGCCACACAACCCCAGAUCCAGAACUUCAUUUUGUUCAUCUAAAGGAAAACCACCCCCAGUGUCCUGCCUUGGUGAAAUGUCAUGACAAACGUCAGUUCAAAUUCUCCGAAAGUGCGCCAUUGAAUGUAUUGAAACCGGUGAACUAAGUCAUUCUUCUAACUUUCUGUUUUCAAGUACUGUUAAUGCUAAAACCAAACAACAAUUUGGUAUGUUUAUAUACAAAAAUACUCAAAAUAUGGUUUCCUAUGUAAACCUCUUUAAAUUCAGUGAUCCAGUGAAUUAAAAUUGUUGGUGUUACUUGUAUGUUAAUGACAACAGUGCUAGUGUAUACGACACGACCAGAAUCUCAGAUAUACAUUUUUAUAAGUCAGUCAAAUUGUUUUAAAUAUGUUACUAAAAUUAGAAAAAAAUGAAGAGAUAUUAAAAAAUCAAAGGUUUUUCCGGUUUUGGAGAACAUUGUAGAUUUUAAUUUUGACA